GAGAAGCAGGGACACACUAUGAGGGGGAACUUUGUUACUAUAAAACUUAGGAAUAUUUGCAAAAUAUUGUAAAAAUUAUCAAAAUCCCUCGUGAAUCCAUAACCUGCCCGUAGGGUGUGAGGUUUUUAGUUUAGUUCGCCCGGAAAGGGCUUCUACACUCACUAUUCUUACACUUUUUUGAAAGAAUGUGUGAGACAGACAGUUAGCCAGCUAGCUAGCUAGCUAGCUGAGAGGUGAUACAGGCGGCAGGAGAACAAAAGAUUUUUUUGCGUUUUGGCCGGUUGUACUGACACCAAGUCCAUGCAGAACGUGUCAUUACCAUCACAAUGCCCGUUUUACUUUUUCUGAUAGACACGUCCGCUUCAAUGAACCAGCGCACCCAUCUGGGCACUACCUAUCUGGACAUAGCAAAAGGCGCUGUUGAGACUUUUAUGAAGCUCAGAGGGAGAGAUCCGGCGAGCCGAGGGGACCGGUAUAUGUUGGUAAAUUUUGAAGACGUUCCGUUCGGGAUCAAGGCUGGAUGGAAAGAGAGCCAUGCAACAUUCAUGACAGAGUUGAGGAACCUGCAAGCAGCCGGACUCACGUCUAUCGGCCAGUCCUUGAGGACCGCUUUUGAUUUACUCAAUCUCAAUAGAUUAGUGACUGGGAUAGACAACUAUGGACAGGGAAGGAACCCCUUUUUCCUCGAGCCCGCCAUCAUCAUCACCAUCACAGACGGCAACAAGUUGACCAGCGGCGGUGGAGUCCAAGAUGAGCUCCAUCUGCCUCUGACCACCCCGCUGCCGGGCAGCGAGCUGACCAAGGAGCCCUUCCGCUGGGACCAGCGUCUGUUCUCUCUGGUGCUGCGAAUCCCUGGCAACGCUUCGGUGGAGCCCGAACCCCUCGGUGGUGUCCCGCCUGACGACUCUCCAAUCACCCCUAUGUGUGAGGUUACCGGAGGACGUUCCUACAGCGUGUUCUCGCAGCGUAUGUUGAAUCAGUGUCUGGAGUCUCUUGUGCAGAAAAUCCAGAGUGGAGUGGUGAUAAACUUUGAGAAGACUGGGCCCGACCCCCCUCCUUUAGAGGAUGCUCCAGCUGAGGUGGUGAAGUCCGGUCUACAGGCCUGGCAUUGCUGUCACAAGUUGAUCUACGUAAGACCCAACCCUAAAACCGGUGUCCCCAUUGGUCACUGGCCCAUCCCUGAGGCCUUCUGGCCGGACCAGAACUCCCCUACACUGCCCCCUCGCUCAGCCCACCCCCACGUCCGUUUCUCCUGUCUGGACGCGGAGCCCAUGGUGAUAGACAAGGUGCCCUUCGACAAAUACGAGCUGGAGCCGUCGCCUCUCACGCAGUACAUUUUGGAGAGGAAGUCCCCGCACACCUGCUGGCAGGUGUUUGUGUGUAACAGUGCCAAGUACAGUGACCUGGGCCAACCCUUUGGGUACUUAAAGGCCAGCACGGCUCUCAACUGUGUCAACCUGUUUGUGAUGCCCUACAAUUACCCCGUGCUCCUGCCACUUCUGGAUGACUUGAUCAAAGUGCACAAGUUCAAGCCUACCAUCAAAUGGCGACAGUCCUUUGAGAACUACCUGAAGACCAUGCCUCCUUAUUAUAUCGGGUCCCUGAGGAAGGCUCUGAGGAUCAUGGGAGCACCAAAUCUGCUGGCUGACAACAUGGAGUACGGCCUGAGCUACAGUGUGGUCUCAUACCUGAAGAAGCUCAGUCAACAGUCAAAAAUCGAGUAUGACCGUUUGAUUGCCUUGAUCGGUAAGAAGCAGCCACCUGAGGCCGGCAUCAAGGUGCGCUGGCGAGGUGGAGGUAUAUCUCUGGCCCAGCGCAGGGACUUCAUCCAGCAGCUGCAGAGUCUUUCCGGAGAGGCUCCGUCACUGCCCAUGGAGCUCAACCCCAAAGAGUUCCAGGGCUUUCAGCUGGCACUGCUCAAUAAGGGCCUGAAGCCGCUGAGCUUUAGGAAUCCAUACGACAUCCCUCGCAGCCACCUGCUGGACCAGCUCAGCCGAAUGAGGAGAAACCUGCUCAACACCAGCGUCUGCUCUCUCAGAGGGCAGGACUCUGAUCAGCUACACAGCGUGCCAAUAGCCCAGAUGGGCAACUACCAAGACUUCCUCAAAGCUGCUCCUCAGCCUCUUCGAGACGCUGACCCUGAGCAGCCCAAACGUCUGCACACAUUCGGCAACCCCUUCAAACUCGACAAGAAGGGUAUGAUGAUCGACGAGGCGGAUGAGUUUGUGACCGGCCCUCAGAACAAGGGAAAGAGACCGGGAGACAGCAGCAACAUGACGGGCGGAGGGCCCAAGAGACGCCGCUGCAUGUCGCCUCUGCUGCGUCUGGGCCGAGCCUACACCCCUCCAGUUACACCGCCGGCCAGCCCCCGACCAACAGACAUGGACAUGAGUGACGGAGCACCUGAACCGGAGCUGAUCAUCAACCACCUGAACCAAAACCACUACGGCUCCUCAGACGGGAGCUCGGACUCUGAGGCGGAACAUCCCUCGGGGCCCGGCGACCACCUGGAGAACCACACGGCCAAGGACCCUGAGGACUUUGGGCACGGUGAGGAGGAGGAGGAGGAGGAGGAGGAGGAGGAGGAGAACGGGCGACCCCGGGAGGGCGAGCUGCCGCCAGGCAUCGAGGAAGGAGCAGAAAUGGUGCUGAUGGAGGACCAGCCGCCUCGCUACCUGUCGCCUACAGCUCUGAAGAAGCACAUUCACAUAGAGACAACAAAGGUCAACAACGAGCUGAGGGCGCUCAUCACCAAGGAGAUCAGAAAACCUGGCAGACACUACGAGAAGAUUUUCCUCCUUCUGAAGCAGAUCCAGGGCACACUGGACACCCGACUCAUCUUCCUCCAAAACAUCAUCAAAGAGGCGGCCAGGUUCAAGAAGCGCGUUCUCAUUGAGCAGCUGGAAAACUUCCUCGAAGAGAUCCACAACAGAUCCAAUAACAUGAACCACGUGGACACGCUCUGAGACCCACUCAUUCCCAAACUGAAGUGACUGAUAAUGAACACAUGACAACCCUCCACAUCCUCCUGAACCCUCCUCCUCCUGUACCAGGGAGACGAGACAAGCAUCCAGCUCUCAAACAUCACCUCUUCAGUGGACUCUCAGCAUUAAUGAUGGUCGCGUUGGUUUGCACACAGUUUAAACUAAAGUCAGUGUUGACCCUGGAUAAUGCAAAUGCAUUUUUCAGAUGUGUAAAAGGGGAGUGAGGAAGAUUUUAUUGCUGCAGGUCAAGUGUUUGUCUGCCUAAAUGAGGCUUGUUUUCCAAUCUGUGAACCAAUCCUGAGGCAUUCCCCUCGAUUACUCCUUUUAAUUCGAUUUAUCUCUUUAAAAGACAAACGAAAGCGAAACAUCCCUCAAACAUGGAGGUGGAGUAAACGUGCAGAGGGCUUCUGGAGAGGAACAGAUGGCAGCCUGCGCCUGAAUGUUAUGUUUUAUUUGUGAUGAUGUGACAGCGUAGGAAGGGUUCAGGUUGUAUGUUGCUAACUCAGGGUCAAACAGGAUCCAGUGGAGAUGUUAUGAAACUUUUUCAUUCAUUCAUUUUCCCCUGUUGUUUGGUCUUUGUGGGAGGAUGAGAGUCUGUUGUUCUGUUUGACUGUUGAGAUGAACUUUUUACACUCCAUUAACUGAAGCACUCCGAUGCCGUGCUCUUACAAAAGCAAGACUUUGCUCAAGUAUUAAAUUUGUCAACUUGUGGUUUUACCUGCCUGCCUGACAAUUAAUGUUAUUGAGUAGUAACUUAAGAAUUAAUAAUUUUGAUAAAAACUGAUCGACAGUUUUCACGACAUCUGGAAACUUAAAAAAAAAGUCUGUUUUUUGCAAUACAGGUUUUCUGAGAGAUCGACACAAAAUCAUUUUGAAUGAUGCAACAUCAUUGGUUACAAAAUGUUGAAAUACAGGGACAAAAAAAGCUCAGGAACUAAUACUAAUGCAUCAUAAUCAGCAAUAACAUUGGAGCUACUUUUACCCCACGUUUUUAAUCUUAAUUUUAGCCUGAUUAAACAGCUGAAACCCCCCGGAGUGUUCAUGAACUGAGGUCUCGGAUGCCAGCUUGUCCCAACAUGCUGGUCGCUGCCAAAUAACUUAACCCGCCCCCAAAACUUCCUCCCCCCGCCAUGAAUCUCAAACCAACUUCUUGUCACUUAACCGUGAAUGCACUUGUGUAAAUUUGAGAAUGUUUAUUUAAUGUCAUUUAAAAGAAAAACUACCUUUUUUUUGUUGCAGAAGUUUCCCAAUCUUUUUUUUUUUUUUUUUUUUUGUAAGGCCGAUUCAAUUUUCUCAAAUCUACACAAAUAAUCUGACCGAAGGUCUAGAGGUCAAGAGUUGAUUUCUGAUUCAGAGAGCAGCCCUCUUCUGUUCCCUCCCUCCUUGGACAGGGACCAAAAUCUGCCAUACUUGUCUUUGUUUGUGAAGAGGCCGCUACCAAAAGAGUAUUUUGAAUACACUGUAAAGAUGUAAAUAACCCUAGAGUACUAUUUAAAGAGAAUGUUCAGUGGAAAAUGGCCUUUUUGUAAGUAUUUCCAUGAAUAAAGUUUCUAUUUUACACUGUGAAGGGCCGUGUAAAUAAAGUGUUCUGUAAAGAUGUGACUCCACAUGUUUUUGUCCGUGUUUGUUGGUCCUUUUUUUUCGCAGCAAUGGAAGAAAGGAGACAAACACCCUGAGCGUAAAAACAUGUAUUAAAAUU